AUGCUCCGAGCGGCAAUCUCAAUCCGGUGCGCUCUCUCCAAACACUACUCAUUCCCCCUCACCCCUCGCUAUGCACCGGAGUCCAUGGUUCGCCGCCUCUCCAAAUCCAACCGCUUAUCAGACAUCCUUAAAUCGCACAAAUUACACCCCAACAUCGUCCAAGAACCCUUCCUCUCCACCCCCAUUCGCUCCUACAGCAUCUCACGCAGGUUGAGAAGAGGGUUGGUGAAGAACGAGAAGAAGGAGGAGGAGAAGGCGAAAGAGGUGAGUGCUAUAUUCGAGGAGUGGUUAGUGAAGCACGGAAAGGUAUAUAAUGGGUCGGAAGAGAAGGAGAAAAGGUUUCAAAUUUUUAAGGACAAUUUGAGAUACAUAAAUGAACAGAAUACUCGAAACCACUCAUACAGACUUGGGUUGAACCAGUUUGCUGAUAUGACUCUGGACGAAUUAGCUGACAAGUAUUUGACGAAGAACGUUCACGGAAAAGAAUUUCUUUAA